AUGUCGUCCUCCAUCCCUCAUAACCGCGUCUUUCGGUCUCCAAAGAACAUCUCCAAGAUCAAGAAGUCCAGCUGGGUGCAAGUGGGGUUUCGCAAAGAAUCUUACAUGAAACAAAUCGAGAGUUUGUAUUGGGAUGGAGUGAAACAGGAAUUGCGACUUAUACUGUUGACGUUGAAGAAGUUGCAAGAGCCGAAGUUCUGCUCAAUCUAUAGGCAAGAGAAAGAACAGAACGAAUGUCUAUAUGGAUUUGAAACAUUCGUAGACCAAGUCAGUCGCAAAUCGCGUGCAUUUGCGGACACUUAUUGUAGGUUUCCGAACUUUGGCCUUGCCCUAAAAAAAAGAAAAUGGCUGUCUUCGCAACAAUGGUUGUCUACUUACGAAGAUGCUUUGUAUGACAAGAUUUGCUCUGAUGAAGCAGACCGUGAUGGUGCUGCUUUGAAAGAGGCAAUUAAAACGAGAAUACAAGAAGCAGCAGACAAAGAUGGUCUGAAUGCGACCGAAAAUCUUGCUAGGAUGCUUCUUCAGAGUAUUGAAGGUUUUCUUGACAUUGAAAAGAUUAUUGAGCACCGACCCCCGCUUAAGCAUCUCAGAUUCUGGAAAAGGCCAGCUAUCCCGCAAAUGUCGCUUGAUAAUAUCUCAGACGACUUGAGCCUCGAAUUCAAACCACAAAAUUGUGCCGAGUGCCUAGAACCUAUCCGCGGCAGUAUGUUCAUGCAUCAACCUCCAUCAAAUGCAGAUGAGCAUUCAGAAAACCAGAAGCUUGUAUGCGAAGAGUGUUAUCGAAGCACACACUACGGUGACAAGUCCUAUACCAAGGUCUUCAAGCACUGCAUAUUAUCGCAUGCAUUGAGCAGUGAUCUGAGUCAACGGAUAUGUGACUGUCCUGAGGUCCCACGAAUUGACAUUGGAGGCCACCCCAGGAAGCUAUUUCCGGUUGGUGCGCGGGAAAAGCAUGUCAACUUAGGGAACCGCAAGUGCGGAUUGCUCAAAGUGAAUGCACGUCUUGCGCAUGCAAAGUUUCUCACACUACGAGGCCGUAACUUCAACCGAACACGCACAACAAGGCUAAAGACUUUCUUUGACUUUAGACCACACCUCAAGCCCAGGACCAAGGAAAGAGACAAAGAUAAUAAAGAAAAUGGCCGAAGAGAAGAUGGAGAGGCCGACUGGGAAGAUAUUUUGAAAGAAGACGUAGACCUUGAUUCUUUUAGCACAGCAUUCGGUGUAACGGAUAUGCAGCAGGCGGACAAAGAAAUUCCUUUCUACCUUCGGAAAUACGCUCAGAGAUAUCCCUUCGGCAAUGUUCAUAUGGCACUACGUAUCGGUCCGUUGAUAGUCGAAAAUGGAGUGGCAAAUACUAAAAGCGGAGCUGUGAUUUCCUUGAGAGAUUCUCCACACUUUUUCUCAGCCACCGAACCCAAGUCUGAACGUAUUCUCGCUGUAGAGUCAACGAUUCCUCGAUUUCUUUAUCAACAAAAUAAAAUCAAAAACGCGCAUCCAAAACGGAUCAAGGCCGUUAUGAAACAAGUCGUCGGGGUCCCAUUUAUGGGCAUUUCCAAUGUUAAAAUGGAGAAUCGGAUUAUCAAAGAACUCGUCUCGGCCAGCCAAAGCGGGUUCGAUGAUCUUGGUCUUUCCAGGGCCGAACAACAGCAAUUUCUUGACCAGGUCCUUGGAACCCUCAUCGAUUCCCUAAAAGAGUUGAUGGGGUGGAGGCUUGAAGUAUACCUAGACAGCCUAGUGAGGACACUUCGACACCCUCGCACUAAGCUUCGAUGGGAUGUCCAAAGCAACAACUGUCAGAAUUUCUGCAAUUCACUGAUCGAUUAUGAGCUGUUUGCCCCACUUGUUGACCAAGUGGAAUUUAGUGGAGCAAAAAAGGCCGACACUGCUAGCACAGCACCACUUUAUCUUAUGAGCUUUGUAUGUCGGCCAAAUGCAUAUGACAAGUUCAACAACACAGACAUCCAGUCCAAGUUCGACGUUCCGAAUGGCCUCACUGAAGAAUACGUUCUGAAGUAUCGUUACGGACUACACGAGGACUCUGACAUUGUCGAUAGUCUUCAGGAGUACUGGCACGACUGGGGUGCUUUUGGCAAGCACCUCUACCGAUUUCAAGAUCUUUUCCCUUGGGACUGUAGUGAAGCCUUUGGUCGCAAUCCAGUGAAAUGUGGCAAUUGUAACAUUUCAAAACACGUCUGGGCCUUUCCAUUCGACUCAUGGUCUAUUAUCUCACUCCAUCUUGGGAGGGACCGGGUGUUAUACUCCUCCCAAGACUCUGAGAAAGCGACGCAAAUAUCAGACAUAGAGUGGUAUCACAACAGGAUGACACUACUAAGAGCAGGUGACGUCCUCGCUUCAUCCGCUGUCGCAAUGGCUUGCAACAAAGGCUUCCGAAAAACCACAAAGUGGCUUCAUGAGCAAGCAAGCCCACGAAAUGACCGCUUAAAGCUCGGGGGGAUCCAUCGAGCACAGCCCUGGAGUAACUGCUUCUACAGCGGUGGCUACAAUCAUUUUUUUACCGCCGCUUGGGCACAUUGGAAACGCGAGGACCAGAUAAUGGCAUACGAACGGCUGCGCAACUUCCGAAUGGCGAUGCUUGAUGUCGGUGUACCGCCGCAGAGAAAUGAUCCAGGCCGCUACAUUGUCUUUAGAAGGGGUCGUGCACCUGGCAUGUCUGGUGACCCUACACCUGGUCCGUCGUGUAGUGCCGCUGGAGCUUGCGUCAGCGAAAGUUUUGAUAGUAGCGGAGAGGGAAAUACCAGUAGUUGUCUUGCUGACGGUGGUUGUUCAGCCUUUAGUUGUGGUGCUGGAGGAGCAGACAGUACGGGAGGAGGUUGUGGUGGUGGAGGGUGCGGUGGUAGUGGAGGAUGCGCAGGUGGCGGAGCGGGCGGAGAUGGCGGAGGCUCUGCAGGAGCCUUUGGGGGGAUAUCUGCUGGCUGCGGAGGUGGGAGUGUUGGCUGCGGAGGUGGAGGUGGAGGCUUCGGAGGUGGAGGUGGAGGUGGCGGAGGAUGUUGA